AUGAACAGCGAUCUAAACAAUACAGCGGCGGAACGCACAAGAGCAGAAAUUGCCGUAGAUCCUCAGUAUCGGCAAUCGACUUUUGCAAUACCUGCGCACGAAGAUGACGCCUCGAUUCGCCAAGCAUAUCGACCUUUUUUGCUGGAUGCCCAACACGCCGAUGAUGAUUGGAUCACCAGACUUGAGCUCAGCACAGCGUUCAAAAUGGUGGAUGAACAGGUGAUGAAAAAUGGUGGUGAUAGGAUCAAAGUCCUAGUGCUGUACGGCAGUAUGCGAGAACGAUCAUAUUCGCGGCUGCUCGCUUAUGAAGCUAGUCGUAUCCUAUUCCGACUUGGCUGUGAUGUGAGAGUAUUCGAUCCCACCGGGCUCCCUGUCAAAGAUGACGUGCAGCAUUCGCAUGAAAAAGUACAAGAGCUGCGCGAACUGAGCAAGUGGAGUGACGGGCAUGUUUGGGUUAGUCCUGAGCAGCAUGGUAAUCUUACGGCUGUCUUCAAAAAUCAAAUUGACUGGAUCCCAUUGUCCACGGGGUCCGUGCGACCCACUCAGGGUCGCACCCUCGCCAUUGCCCAAGUCAACGGCGGCUCACAAUCUUUCAACACUGUCAACUCACUACGUAUACUUGGCCGCUGGAUGCGCAUGUUCACGAUACCCAACCAAAGCUCCAUUCCUAUGGCGUACAAGCAAUUCACGGAUGCGGAUGCUACUGAGGAAGGGGGAAGUAGGCUGAUGCCGAGUGGUAACCGAGAUAGAUUGGUGGACUGUAUGGAAGAAUUUGUCAAGUAUACCCUCGUUAUGCGACCGCACUUUGAUUUGUUUGGGGAUCGGUAUAGCGAGAGGGAAGAGAAGAGAAUAAAGGAUGAGAAAAAGAAAGAGGAAGAGAAGAAGGGGAAGGACAUUGUGAACAACGUGUCGUUGACAGACAUAUGA